AUGUCGAACCAUGACCAAACGCAAAGCAGCAUCGACCUGACCUCUAAUGAGUCAAUUAUCAACUGGAUUAUAGGCUCCGCUACCGACCCCAAUCCACCUCCCCCACCAUCAUCAACCGCACAAGUCCGCAGUGUUCCAAGCAUUUUGCGUGAGAAACACGAGUACGACAAGUACUUUGUUCCUCAGGCUGUCUCCAUCGGUCCCUACCAUUUCGGGGAACCCAAACUCCAGUUGUUGGAGAAACGCAAGCCAGAUUUCGCUAUGAAGCUCUUUUCUAACGACAUGGAGGCCUUAGCAAGUUUGUACAUAAAGCUUGGUGAUGCAUCAAUGCUGAAAGAGUUAAGAAGCUUCUAUGAAGAAAACACAACAUCAACGUAUUCGGAUAAGGUAUUCACUCGGAUGAUGUUGCUAGAUUCUUGUUUUAUCUUGUAUUUCAUAAGUUCGGUUUUUAAUGAAAACUCUUUUAAUUUUCGGGAGAUAAAAUCCGACCAGAUCUUCUUGGUCAGUGAAGAUUUAUUCAUGUUCGAAAACCAAAUUCCUUAUAAACUCCUAAGUUUGGUGACGAGUUUGGCGAAACUACAAGUAAAAAAAGAGAUCCUUUGGCACAUCCGUCGUGCGAGUAUGUUGGGAUCUUUGAAGCCGAAAAGAAACUCUGAGUUAUUCGAAAAUGAACCGGAUCAUCUUCUCCAUCUUCUACAUCGCAAUCAUACACCUGAUAAAAAUGUAAGGGUUCCCAUGAAUGAAUCGGAUAAAAAAUACAAGUACCAAGGGAGUAACUUCCCGAAUGUUAACCAGCUUUUGGAUGUAGGGAUUCGUUUCAGGCCAUGUGACCCUAUUUCCUUAGAGAAUGUUGCCUUCUCUAGAGGCUGGUACUGUGAGUUUUCAGCGGCUGUACGACUCCCUCCAGUAGCCGUGGAUUAUUCCACCAAGCUUGUUUUGUUAAACUUGAUAGCGUAUGAAAUGCGCACAGUUGAUAGUAAUGCGCCGUUUAUGGGCUACGUGUGUCUUCUUCAGUUAAUGAUUAUUAACCAUGAGGACGUUAAGGUUCUUAGAGAUGCUGGGGUGCUUGAAAGCUACUUGGGGACUGAUAACGAUGUCGUGGAUCUCUUCAAUGAAGUAGCCAGUGAUUUAGUUCCACACAAUCCAGAUUAUAGUUCAGUUAAGGAAAUGAUACAACGACAUCAUGAAAAUUGGAGUAACACACCUAUUUCGUUAGUUAUGCACGAAUAUCGCAAGAGCCCGUGGAAGUUUAUUUCACUGCUUGGAGCUUUAAUAGCUCUUUUUCUUACUGGUGUUCAAACUUAUUUCACUGUCUGGAGUCUCAAAUGA